GUCACAACUUCAUCACAACGAUUUCAACUGCAUUAUUCUGAGAAUCAAGAAGUGAAGUCAACAUGGCACGAGCAGUUACAAUGGUGUUCUUGAUGGCUGGGGCUCUGUUCAUUGCUACCACCAACUUGCAAGGAGUGCGUGGUGAGAAGCCUGGGCUCUGCCCUGAGUCGUCCGGUGCUUGGGGAGCAGCUCUCUGUGUACAGGCUUGCUCAAAUGACGAGUCUUGCCAAGGGACAAAGAAAUGUUGUGAAAACUCAUGUGGUGGGCGACACUGCAGUCAAGUGGUCCAUCCAGGAACGUGCCCUGUUAUUCCACCCGGUAUGGGAGGAAUUUGUGGUUCCGUUUGUGCCUCGGAUGGGGAGUGCUCCAUCGACAAGAAAUGCUGUCACAAUGCAUGCGGGCUAACCUGCCUAACCGCAGGACCAGUGGUCCAUCCAGGAUUGUGCCCUGUUGUUGCACCCGGUGUGGCAGGAAUUUGUGGUCCCGUUUGUGCCUCAGAUGGCGAAUGCGACAACAACAAGAAAUGCUGUGACAAUGGAUGCGGGAAAACCUGCCUAGCUCCAUUUUAAGUUCACAGAGGAGAAAUGCUGUAGCUGGGACAUCAUGGCCAUCAGUAAACAGCACCGGGCAUAAGCCAGGGGGCGUCAUUUAUUAGAAGAUGAUACGUAAUUACGUAGUAACGCAACGUUACCAUCGUCCUACAAUGUAAACCCAAGACUUAACGGUUGACGUCACACGUUACGAUGAUGCAGACAUGCCAUCUUCUACAAUGUUUUUUCUUGGCCUGUUCCGUUAUGAAAUUAUAUAUUCUUCCGUAUUUCAACAACUGAUAAACAUUACAAAAUUCACAAUUUAUUUUCCCCCUUCCACGGUCAAUGUUGUAAGAGCUCAUAUAGGGAAAACUACAUUGUCCUUUCAGAUAUUAACUAUAUAUAAAAGACAUGAAUGCAUACAUGUAGUGUUUUCAUAUUUAUUUGCGUUUGGUUGUGUACAAUAAUAAACAGCAGUAAACUAA